CACAAUUUCUCUCAACCAACAAGGCAGAUUUGUACUCUCUUUACAACACAACAGUUGUCAAAAUAAAAAACCGAAAAUAUGGCAGAAAACUUCUAUGAUGAGAUCGAAAUUGAAGAUAUGACCUACGAUGGGACCCUGCAAAUCUAUCACUACCCAUGUCCGUGUGGCGAUAGGUUCGAAAUCGGACUUGCGGAUUUACUCGACGGCGAAGAUAUCGGUGUCUGCCCCAGUUGCAGUCUGAUGAUUAAGGUGAUAUUUGAAGUGGAGGAUCUUCCUCAACCCCCACCUGGUCCGGGUCAAGCUGCCCCUCCAGUGCCAGUUUGAACAUCAAAUGAAGAGGAAUGAAACCAGAACCAAUAUUGAGCGUUGCUCAACAGCAUCUCAAAUGGGAUAUUCUCCAUACUGUGGCGGGUACGAACAGCCCGAAUAACGGGAACCACGACAAGGCCAGACCCGAGGAAAUCUGGCUGUCAGGCCAACAGAAAGCGUCCUGACAAGCCGAGUUCUGAAGGUUUACAUGAAACAUGAAGAUAGCAGGCCUGAGACAAGAAGAUCUCCUGUGGGGGAAGUAAGGCGGAAUGGGACGGAUAGCCUUGAGAUAUAGCUGUUGAAGACGGGACUCGAACCGCCCAAAAGUCUGAAGAGGGGCUGUAUUUAGCUGAGGAUCGAUACUAGCAACUAAGCUGAUGGGAAUUCUCGCCUUCGCUCUAUCCCCGAGUAAAAUUGUAGCCUUCAGUAAUUGAGUCUCUAUUUCAAUAACAGUUGCUGUGGUCACUACUGUCAUGCAUGGUCCCUCCUUGGACUUUUGAAUAUGGUUGGCGGGGGAGAAGGUGGCGCGGAUUCCCUGGAUUACUGGUAGCUGUUGACCUCAGGAGUACGCUAUAAUGACUAAAGAAGUAAUUUGAACGGAGCCUUGAGUUAAAGCCGUCAUAUACAGCCACUUGUUUCAUUUAAUGUG